CCACAAUUGGCUAUAAAAGAGCUAGACACUCCGAUAGAAAAUCGAUUUCGAUUCAAAACUCGACACCAAAAUGAACAAAUUCUUCAUCGUCGCCUUAUGCGCUCUUGCACUCGCAAAUGCCGCCCCCGGAGGUAAGGACUCAUCCUCCAGCGAGGACUUGAGGGAACUGGCCGAGUCCAUCAGAGACAAAUACAACACCACGUUGCUCCUCGACAUAAUGAAACUCAUCGAUGAAGCUAAAUCCAAAUGCCCCGACAUCGAAGACAAAGCCGAGUCGGUGAUGGAAGAAAUAAUGAGCUGCGCGGACGACAUCGAGCUGGGCUCCGACACCUUCUGCUCCCUCAUCAAGAAGAACUACGCCAAGUGCACGAAACCCGCGCGCGACCUGGUCGUUUCCUGCCUGCCUGAAGAGUCCAAGAGCUUGCCCGCUCUCUUCGAGAAGAUCGUCGUCGCCUUGAUCGACAACGCCUGCAGCUCCACCGUGGAGGAACUCUUGGAAUUGUUCAACCCUUGCGCUUUGGAGAACGACCCCGAAUCCUUCGACUCCUGCAAAGCCGUCAAGAACGCCGUGCAACAACACGCCAACAAGAUGCCGUCCAAAUCGCUCGUUUGCUCCAUCAUCCCGAAAGCUAAGAACUGCGCUAAGACCAUCUUGGACAACUCCUGCAAGAACACCGUCACCAGGAACUCUGUCAACAAAUUCUACAACGCCAUCGACGUCGCCACCAAGGACGAAUGCGAUGCCCUCAACAAAGCCUAAAUUUAACUAUUUGUAUAUAAUAUUAAAG